AUGUGCUCUGACUCGCUUGACUGUCUCCUUGGCUUCGGUUCAGACAUGUUCUCUUCGCCAACCGAACAAUUUUCCCCGCUCGUCGCCUCUCUCCUUGACGAAAUAAUAAUCGCGGUGCUUCUUACCGCAGAUGGCGGAUUCCGCGUGGCGCAGUGCAGCUCCGCGUUAGUGAAUUUCUUAGGUCUUAGGUCUUCGGAGGACGUAUUAAGGAGACCAAUCAAGGAGCUUGUUCACGCGGAGGACGUGGAUGCACUCGAGGCGCUCCUUGCAAAUUACGUCAGCUCCAAACCCCAAGGGCCCUGCGACAAACGACUGGACGUGCGACUGUCGCCAAGCGUUGACGAAAGCGAUGCGUCAAGCCGGCGACGAACCUCAGGAACCGCUGGCGGCUGCAGCUGGUUUGAAGUCGCAGUAUCCCUAGCUAACCCUCUAGGAGCGAACCGCGAUCCGCUGCUUCUUUGCGUGUUCUAUGACGUGUCGGCGCGGCGCGGGAGCGCGGAGUACAUAGUUCGCCAGCUGCAGGAGUGCGUGCAGCUCGCUAAGAGCGCGCCGCCCCCUCGGAAGGGCGCUGAGGCGGACCAAGGGGAUGGCGCGCCGGUAGACGCGACGCGGGAAGGCACAGGAGAAGGCGCGUUAGCGGAGCUGGGGGAGGAAUUUAAGGGAGCGGAUGCAAAAAGCGAGUCUGGAAUUGGAAGAGACAGGGCAGUCGCAGCGGGGGGAGAAACGGUAGGAGCAGGAGGAGGAGCAGCAGGAGGAGCAGCAGGAGGAGCAGCACACCGGGGGGAGGAGGGUGAUGGAAGAGGGGGAGAGACAGAUGGACGCGGGGGAAGACAGGGGGAAGAGGGGAGAGAGGAGGGAGGUGAAGAAAUGAAAGAGGACAAAGGGAAAGGGGAGGUAGGCUUGUGGAAGGAUGAUGACGCGGCGACGAGUGGAGUGGUGAGGGAGAUAUCGGCGCUGAUCGACCAGGUCAAGACGCUGCUGGUUCACAGCCGCAAGAACUCCCGAUUCCAGGCCAUCUUUGAAAUGUCCCUGGACCCAGUGUUCACGGUAUCCCAGGAGUUCAAGCUGGUGGACUGCAACGAGGCGGCGGUGCGAUACAUGAAGUACCGCGACCGCGAGGAGAUGCUGCAGCGCUUCGACCUCAUGAAGCUCUCCCCCGAGUUCCAGCCCGACGGCCGCCGCUCCAUCGACGUGCAGAUGGAGAACCAUGCGCGCAUGCUGCGAGGCGAGGUGGUGAUAUUCGAGUGGCAGACGCUGGCGUCCGAUGGCGAGCCGUUCAUGGUGCUUGUUACUGUCAGGGAGAUAGUGAUUGACGGGGAGAAGCACCUGCUGUCCAUCUGGCAUGACCUGUCUGAGAUGAAGCGCAAGGAGGAGGAGCUCAAGGCGGCGAAAGAAGCAGCAGAAGCGGCAAAUGAAGCCAAGAACCGGUUCCUGGCGAACAUGAGCCAUGAGCUGCGCACCCCCAUGAAUGGCGUCAUCGGCGUCGCCGAGCUGCUCCUCCGCACGCCCCUCACGGACGAGCAGCGCAUGUACCUCGACGUCAUCUGCUCCUCCGGCAACGCGCUCAUGCAUAUCAUAUCCGAUGUCCUCGAUAUCACCAAAAUCGAGACGCAUUCUCUGGUGGUAGACGCAUACCCGUUUGAUCUGCACGCGACGAUAGAGCAGGCGUUGAGUGCGAUAAGGGUUGCGGCGAAUAGCAAGGGACUGGGGCUGCAUGUGAGCGUGUGCGAGCAGCUGCCUGUGAUGGUGAUAGGGGAUCAGUUCCGCGUGAGGCAGAUUCUCCUCAACCUGCUCUCCAACGCCAUCAAGUUCACUGACAGGGGCGAGGUGAGGGUGACAGUGUCUCUUUGCGACCCACCGCCACAAGAUGAGAGCACGAGGCAAGGGGUGCCAAGGGAGGGGCAGCUGGGCAAGCGGAUACUGGACGACGCGCAUGGCCAUGGAAGCUUUGCAGAGAAAGAAACGGACGGGCUUGAGAACGAAGGGCAGUGCAAUGAAGGGGAGGGCAAUGAAGGUGGGAAGCAGGCGAAGGGGGAGCAGGCGAGCGAGGAGCAGGCGCCCUCAUACCAAACUGGGGAGGCGAUGGCGCGGCUGUUCACGCCGUUCCGGCAGGUGGACGACUCGUCGUGCCGCAAGCACGGCGGCACAGGCCUGGGUCUCUCCAUCUGUCGCUCGCUCGCAACGCUCAUGGGGGGAUGCAUCUCCGUCGCCUCCUCCCCCCGCCACGGCUCCACCUUCUCCCUCUCCCUCCCUUUCAUCCGCUCCCGCACGUGGGACGUGCAUGUGAGGAGGGAAGAGAGGGGGGGUGCCAUGUGUCCCUUAUCCUGCCUGCCUCCCUUCUGGCACGUGCAACAGCAACAGCAAGUGGAGGAGGAGAUGGGGCAGCAGCAGGAACAGCAGCAGCAGCAGCAGCAGCGGCAGCGGCAGCGGCAGUUGGAGGAGGAAAGUGAGCAACAGGGAGGAAUGCAGGGAGAGGACGAGCGGGGCGGAGAACAAGAGCGGUUGGGUAGUGGAAAAGGUUUUGCAAGUGCAGGAGACGGCCUUCGGAUUUCGGAAGACAGGGAAGAAGGUACAGCGACGGAAGAAGGGAGGGGGAGGUGGUGGGGUGGAGAAGGGGACAAGGGGCGGGAAUAUGCCCCUGGGGAAAGCUUGGGGAGUUUAGAGGGAGGGAUCAAUGAAAGGAGGACUGAGAGGGGAGGACGUGAAGCUGAAGAGGAUAAGAAGAGGUUUGAAGGAGCUUUGGAGGUGGGAGCAGGGAUGGACAUGAGAGGAGAGGGGAAUGCGAAUAUGGAGACACGGGGCAAUAGGGUGGGAGGAGGGUCCGCGAUGGAAUGGGGAUGUAGUUUGGAUGCUCCAACAGUGUUAGAAGCUGGAGAAGCAUCUGCCGGAGAUGCAGCAGCAACAGCAGCAGCAGCAGCAGCAUCGGGGGGAGCAGCAGGAGGAGUGGCAGGAGCAGGAGCACCGGCAGCAGCAGGCGAGGUGGUGGCAGUGAGUGCCGGGAGAAGAGGUGGUGGAGUGCGGUUGAAGAGACCAAGGGAAGGGCGGCAAUUUGAGAAGGUACGGGAGGAAGGAGAGUCAAAGGGGGGAAGAGAAAGGAUGCAUAAAGAGGAGGAUGAGGAGGGUGGUGAGGAUGAGAGCACUGGCAGUGACGAGGAGGGUGAGGAGCGGGACGAGGGGCAGGACGAGGAGAACCUAAGGUUUGCCUUGAACUCUAGACCAGGCCGGGAGCGGGCUUGUGGAGUAAAGGGAAGUGUUCAAGGCACUUUGUCCCAAGGCACAACACAGGGGAAAGGGGGGAUGAACGGAGCGGCAGUGAGGGGCGGCAGGAAGGCAGGGGACUCAGGGGCGGCAGGGGGAGCAGGGGCGGCAGGGGGAGCAGGGGCGGCAGGGGGAGCAGGGGCGGCAGGGGCGGCAGGGGGAGCAGGGGCGGCAGGGGCGGCAGGGGGAGCAGGGGAAGGCAGAGAAGAGCGGGAGGAAGGGGGGUUUGCGGGGCUGCGGUGCCUGGUGGUGGAGGACAACGCGGUGAAUCGCAUGGUGGUGGUGAGGCUGCUGAGGAGCCUCAAGGUGGCGUGCGAUGUGGCUGAGGAUGGGCACAAGGCCGUGCAGGCAUGUGCGCGGUGCUGCUACGACAUCAUAUUUAUGGACUGCCACAUGCCAGUCAUGGACGGGUUUGAAGCCACAGAAAGGAUACGCGAGCUGCAAACAGAAGCAGAAAAUGGUGGUGGUGGUGAUGGUUUCCGCAUCGCGCACUGCAGCCAUGCGUUGAUGAGGAUUCUCGGAGAGAAGCCUGACGUUAUUGUAGGGAAGCGGAUAGCCGACCUUCUACAGUCAGAAGAUGCAAGAGCCGUUGAGCCAAUCAUGGCCGAAUUCGCUCGAGCCAGUUCACCCGCUCAGCGGAAACGUCUCGACGUGCGACUGCGAGUCAACGACGAACGACACUGCGACAAAACCGUCGCGAACGCGAACGCGAAUAGCUCGCAGGCUUCGCGUUGGGCAUGGUUCGAGAUGUCGCUCGUGACGAGAGUCGUCGCCGGCGAUCCGUUUCGCAGAGCAGGCGACUGUCGCAGCAAGGAAGGCGAUGCUCGCGACAGAGCAGGUCUGCUGACGGAGCACGCAGAACGGCCGGCUGCAUCCUCCGCUGCAGAGGUCCCAGACGGCAGCAGCGGUAGCGGCGGUAGCGGCGAGGGAGCGACGGCACGGCCGCAGGCGAAAGCGUGCAUUCUCGCGACGUUCCACGAGAUCUCCGCGCGGCGAGCGAGCAUGGACGUGCUGGUGCGCGAGCUGCGGCGGACGGCCGACAUGGCCGUGCGCGUGGCGGGCGGAGGAGACGGCGACGCGCCGCACAGCCCUCGCGGCGACGACCGACAGACGCGGCGACAGCCCGCUGACGCCGCGCACAGCCCCCGUCGCAGCGACGACCUGCGGAACCCUAGCGCUGUCGUUGAUGGCUCGCAGAGAGAGAGCGGUGGUGCCGCGCGCAGCCCCCCUGAUUCCCUCGCCGUGGGCGGAUCUUACGCUGACAGGUCAUACGACGCUGGGGGGAACGCUGCCCACGCUGCGACUGCUGACGAGGGGUUGAUGGUGGCGAAGGCGAUGGCGGUGUUGGGGAGGGUGAAGGAGCUGGUGAAGGCGAGCCAGAAGAACUCCGUCUUCCGCACCAUCUUCGAGAUGUCCCUUGAUCCCAUGUUCAUAGUAUCCCGUGAGUUCCGCAUAAUGGACUGCAACGACGCAGCCGUGCGCCACAUGCGCUUCUCCUCCAAGGCCGAGGCCAUCGCCCGCUUCGACGCCGUCAACGGCGCGCCCGAGUUCCAAGCUGACGGCCGCCGCUCCGCUGACGUGGCAGCCGCCAACGUGCCGCGCAUGCUGCGCGGCGAGACGGUCGUCAUGGAGUGGCGACACCUGGCAGCGGACGGCACGCCGUUCGACGUGCUGUUGAAUGUGCGGGAGAUCGUGGUGGACGGGCAGCGAUGCAUGCUGUCAGUGUGGCACGACCUGUCUGAGAUGAAGCGCAAGGAGGAGGAGCUCAAGGCGGCCAAGGAGGCGGCAGAAGCGGCAAACGAAGCGAAGAACCGGUUCCUGGCGAACAUGAGCCAUGAGCUGCGCACCCCCAUGAAUGGCGUCAUCGGCGUCGCCGAGCUGCUCCUCCGCACGCCCCUCACGGACGAGCAGCGCAUGUACCUCGACGUCAUCUGCUCCUCCGGCAACGCGCUCACCCACAUCAUCUCAGACGUUCUUGAUAUCACCAAGAUUGAAUCGCACUCUCUCGCGCUCGAAUCCUACCCGUUCGACCUUCGGGAAACAGUAGUGGAUUCUCUAGAUGCGGUGAGAUCUGCUGCGAGCAGGAAGGGUUUGCAGGUGACGAGCAGCGUGUGUGAGCAGCUUCCAGAGGCGGUGAUAGGGGACCAGUUCCGCGUGCGGCAGAUUGUGCUCAACCUGCUGUCGAAUGCCAUUAAGUUCACUGAUGCUGGCACUGUGGGGAUUGCCGUUACCACCAGUGCGGAGCGGCCAGUGCUGCAGCAGGGGAAAAUGGAGGGGGGAUGUGCAGGGUGGGUGUGCGGUGGUGGAUGGGAGCGAGAGGAGGUGCGGGAGUUGGAGAAGAGUGACGGUGGGGUUCUAGGCAAGAGGGUGAGGGAGGAUGAAAUUGUGGGUCUACUAGAAGCUGGGCCAGAGGCUAAAGAGUCUUCAGCAGUUUCCUUGAGCUCUGCAAAGCGGCUUCGCACGGAUCAGUUGGGAGGGGAGGCGGGCGAUGAGCAACAGCAGCAGGCGCAGCAGCAGGAGGGGACUGUUGUGAGGGCAGCAGGAGAAGGCAGUGCGGCGUCAGCAGCAGCGCCAGUGUGGGUGCGGAUAGACGUUACAGACACGGGCGUGGGCAUCUCAGGGGAGGCGAUGGCGCGGCUGUUCACGCCGUUCCGGCAGGUGGACGACUCGUCGUGCCGCAAGCACGGCGGCACGGGCCUGGGUCUCUCCAUCUGUCGCUCGCUCGCGGCGCUCAUGGGGGGAUGCAUCUCCGUCGCCUCCUCCCCCCGCCACGGCUCCACCUUCUCCGUGUGCCUUCCGCUGCAACCCACCAGGCAGUGCCCCUCUCGCCCACACUACCUGCUGAGGAACCUGCGAGUCUCGUGUGACGUGGCAGAGAAUGGGCACAAGGCCGUGGAGGCCUGCCGCUCCACCAACUACCACGUCAUCUUCAUGGACUGCCACAUGCCAGUCAUGGACGGGUUUGAAGCCACCACCCGCAUUCGCAGCCUUCAGGGUUUUGAUUCCCCUUCAAAUGGACAGCCUGGUUGCUGUUCUGCUGAUGUGAGGAAGGGGCAACAGCAGCAGCGGUGCUCAACAGAUUGCCAUCAGCAGGCGCUGCAGCGGUCUGUUAUUUAUGCAUUAACUGCGAGCGUCUUGAAGCAUGAGAGGGACAAGUGCGCACUCGUGGGGAUGGAUGGGUUCCUGGCGAAGCCGAUACGCAUGAAAGACCUGCAGCAGGUGCUGAGCCAAGUGCUGGCUAAGCCUCAGAUUAACAACUAA